AUGCCCUCGAUCCUCGAAGACCCCUCGUCGACAAUCCCCCCACCCCCCUCCCACAUAAAAUCUCUAAAGACCCAAUCUAUAAAUCCCAUCAAAACGACCUUGAAAUCCGGCACACCUGUAACCCUGCAUCCGAUCACCACGGGCCCAUCUGCUGUCCCACGCUCCCUUGCCCAGCUUCUCCACCGCGAAUUCAGCGCGGAGAUCGAGCGAGGAUGCACAUACCCUAUGGAAGAGGUGAUGUCCUUUGAGAGAUUCGCCGAGUACUGGUUUGGGACGUUUGCAGUGGUGGCUACUCUUGAUUCGCAGGAGGGACAAGAAGGCGAGGGCUUAUUGGCUGGCGGAGAGGAAAGAGAUUGGGAGAAGGACUGCGUGGGGACGUUUUAUAUUAAGCCAAAUUAUCCCGGCCGCUGUUCGCAUGUCUGCAAUGCAGGCUUCCUAACGACCGGGGCAGCAAGAAACCAGGGCGUGGGCAUGGUAAUGGGCGAUGCCUACUUGCAAUUUGCCCCGUUAUUGGGAUACAAAUACUCUGUCUUCAACCUCGUGUUCGAGAAUAAUGUCGCCUCGGUGAAGAUCUGGGAGAAGCUUGGUUUUAGCGUCAUUGGGCGUGUGCCAGGGGCUGCGCGGUUGGCGAAUAGCGAGGAGCUGGUUGCUGCAUUGAUUAUUGGGAAAGAUUUAGUAGCAGAAGAUAAUAAGACAGAAACAGAGACGGCUUAG